GAUGAGCGUAGUAAUUUUAUUAUUCAAUAGCAAAGAAUUAAUAAAGUUAAGAGGAACCAAAAACAUACAAAACCAGCAGAAUUUUACAAUAAAAAUAGGAUCGAUUGAUUCUAUAUAUAGAGAGCAUAAACGUUUCAAGGCAAUUUAAAAAAGGCUAAUACUACAAUUCAUUUCUUUCAUAUCUCAUGGAUAAUCUAUUAAAUGUAGAAGUGAAAAAGAAAAAAAUUGA